AUGGUGUUCCAAGCUAGAGAAGACGACUCUUCAGACAAUGAUUCGUCUCCUGAAGGACAACAGCAAAGAGAUUCUAGUGAUGACAGCGAUGAUUCCAGCUCCAACGCUUCAAACAAUGAUGAAGAGGAAGAGAGGCAACCUAAAAAGGUAAAUUAUUAUUCUUCUUGUUGUCUUUGAUGUUUAGUUGAAGUUGAAUUGGCUUUUCAUAGACACAACAGGUGCCUUGGGGUUUAUGCUUGGUAGAGUUAGUUUUAAAAAUAGUUUAUUAAAUAUAUUGUUUUAGGCAGCCAGUAAAUCUUCGGACGACUCUGAUGAAGACGAAGAAGUUCCAGAGCCGAAGAAAAAGCUAGCACCUGAUUCCUCAGACUCUAAUGCAUCUUCUCCAGCCAGGCCAGGUACUAAAUCUCCUGAUUCUUCUAAAUCCAGUGAUAAAGAAGACAGUGACAAUGAAGUUGGGGAGAAAGGGGAUCAAAAAGACAAAUCUGAUGAAGAAGAAGAUGUAAGAUGCUUUUUUUGAUGUUAAUAUGAUAGUUUUAGUUAAAAUAUGCAUUUUAAAGGCCAAUGCAUUGCUUUUUGAAGCUAAAUUUAAAAUUAUUUUUAGGCACCAGUAGUGAAAACAAAAACAGACGAGAUUUUUGGAAAUGCGUUGACUUCUAGUGAUGAAGAAGAAGGUGAAGAUAAAAAAGGGAAAACAGAACCCACUGAUGAGGAUUCACAACGUCGUCUUGAAGCUAUGAGGCAGCUAAGUGCUUCAUCAGAUGAAGAAGGUAACAUUUAUUUUUGUGUGGUUUUAGGGCUUAUAUUGACAUAGGUUUAUUAAAAGUUAAAAUUUUUGCUGUGGUAUCAUCCAUAGACUGAGUUUGAGUUCGAAAUUUGUCAAAAAUCUCGAAUUACAUGUCUACAUCUUUCAGAAGGACCUCGACGCCAAAUAAUGGAGCUGCGGGAUUCCUACCCAAAAAUGAAUAUAAAUCUUGGCAAUACAGAGCCAGUGUUCUUCAGGCCGCCGAAUUUCUUAUCAAUUGAGCCAAAACCUUUUAAUUCACAUCCAGAAGCUUAUCAGCGCGAAGUUGACGACGAUGAAAUUAUUGAUGAAGAAGGAAGAGCUAGGCUGAAGCUUCGAAUUGAGAAUACGAUAAGGUGGAGAUGGGUGAAGGACCCGAAAACCGGUGAAUAUAAGAAACAGUCCAAUGCUAAGAUUGUGAAAUGGUCCGAUGGAACGUAGGUUAUUAUUUUUGAGAUUUUAGUUGAUUUUGUCCAAAGUUUUGACAUCAGAGUAACAAUUUAUGUUGUAGUAUGUCUAUGUACCUGGGAUCGGAGAUUUUCGAAGUUCAAAAACAAGAUUGCAUGCCAAAUAUGCAUCUGUAUACCCGCGUAGGACCUGCCUUACAAGCACAAAAGGUCUUUAAAAGCAAAUACACUUUCCGACCACACUCGACAGAUACGGUAACACACAGAAAGUUGACUAUGAAUAUGGCUGACAAGUCAAACAAAGGUCCUAAAGUCAAGAUGUUUACUGAAGUCGGCAUGAAUCCGGAACAACAGAGGAAGGUGGGUUUUUGUAAUGAUUUUUGGAGGGUGUGGUAAAUUUUUUUGGCAAGGGGGGGGGGUGACAUUUUUUUUUGAAUUGUUUAAACUGAAUUUUACAGGAUCUUAAAAACUUUUUUGGGUGUGGCAAAAAUUUUUCUUUUUUGAAGGGGGGGGGGAUGAAAUUACAAAAAAAAUUGUUGUGGUUAAACGAUCAGAUGGAACUAAAAACCUUAUUCUAAUGAUUUUUUUUCUGUAGGAAAUGGUCAAAAAAGAAGAAGAAUCCCUCAGAGCUGCGGCCAGAAGGUCGGCACAACAAAGGAAAGUCAGAGAAAGAGCUCGCGAAGUUGGGCUUACAAGUGGAUUUAUCGAAGGAGAUGAUUCUGGAGGUACGUUUUGAAAUUUUUAUUUUAUAGAAAUUACAGUACGUAUGUGUAAAAUACGAUUACUUAAUACAUCUUAUCAAGUUUACCUAAAACAAUUUCAUUUUCAGACGACAAUGAUAUUGGAGCCAUCAAAAAGAGUUUCAAACACCGGUCCGGCUACAACAACCCAUACUAUUCGGACGAUUCGGAAGAGGACGAACGCUCCAGAAAGGUGCUACGUGAGGCCAAGAUCAUCGACUCGGAUUCGGAUGACAAUGACGCAUCCACAUCGAAGAAAGAACGCAAAAAGCAUCGUAUCUUGGAAUCGGAUGAUGAGGACGACGAUUAG